UUUCGACACCAGCAGCCAGGCGGAGAACGACAAGCAAAGCAACAAACAAGCCACAGACAGGCGCACGCACACACACCUCUCGCAGACACACACACGCAGACACACGCAUACACACGCAGACACACUCACACACACACACUCACACAAGAUGCCUCGAGGUGGCCCAAAGCCACGCUUUCCAGCGUCUCGCAUCAAGAAGAUUAUGCAGACGGAUGAGGACGUGGGGAAGGUUUCCACCGGGACACCCGUUGUCAUUUCUGCUGUAUUGGAAGCAUUUAUCACUGACCUCCUGGACCAAACAACUACAACCCACCCAGACUCCAAAACCAUCGGUGCAAGCCACUUGAAAGAGGCGGUCGAUGCCAACCCAAAGUUUGACUUUCUCAAGGAUGUGCUGAGCAAUCAAUCCGGCGUCGACAACCAACAGGACACCUGACAGCAAGAUGCCACGACUACUACAAGCAGUGCAAACACCAUGUCAUCACCCACACUCUCGCUCAUCACACCCGCUCGCCAUCGCGUUACCGAUUCUUGUACAUGACACUAAACAAUUUUCUGCAA